AUGAGUCUCGAUUGCUGGACUUGCCCUAUCUUGCAAAGAACGAAUUCGAACGCCGACAUCGAUUUCGGUAAGGAAAAUUGCAUUAGUAAGUUUUGUUGUGUUCAGAUAAGUAGGAGUUUGUCGGGGAACCUGAGUCCCCCAGUUUAUGAGCAAAUUGGAACGAUGAUGAGAAACACCGGGAUUCCUCCGAAGAAGAUAAAGAAGGGUCCUCGCCGGUUUCAUACAUUCAAUAAUACAACUUAUGGCGCGAUGGGGUUCGAAGCUAACGUCAAGAGCGAGCCGAGGUUGGCGAGGAGCUCGGGGAUGAGGAGGGAUUGGAGCUUUGAGGAGGCAAAAGGGUUGAAAAGAGGGGGAAAAGUUUCUUGA